GAGAAACUAACGGAAUGUUACAAUCCGUUACAAUCCUGUGAUAAUAAGCACCCGACCGGCCUGUAGCUCCUCCCAUCGAAGAACGACUGUGGCAUGAUUGCUUUCAACUUUCAAGGCCUCGAACUGUCACAGAAAAAAAAAAACGUGUCUACUGUGGGGAAUCUUGCUGCUCUUAUUCCAUUUCCCAAACAUGACGUUCGCCAAAUUUAUUGGCGCAGGUACGGUCCCGCAAAGUGGUCGGAUCUCUCCGUCACUUCCCAGUUUCAGUUCUAAAACCCACAAAAAACUCCCACAAGCAUGUCUCUGAGCAUGAAAUUACACGUCACCAACCACCUUAAUCGGAAGCUGUAUCCCCAAACCAGCGAGAGAAGUUCGUACACAGAUUAUAAGACCAAGAUCCGAACCAACCCAAUUUAUCAUCGGAACCCAUUGAUCUCCAAAGCGUACAAACCCACAAUGCAUGUUUCUUCUUCUUUUUCUUCUUGUUGUCCGGUCAAGAGCUCCCUGAUUGAUCCGGACGGUGGGGCUCUGGUGGAUCUCGUGGUGCCGGAGAGCGAGCGGGUAAAGAAAAUUUUAGAGGCGGAGGCAUUGCCCAAGGUGAGGCUGACAAAGAUCGACAUCGAGUGGGUGCUCGUAAUCAGCGAGGGGUGGGCGAGCCCACUGAGAGGGUUUAUGAGAGAGAACGAGUAUUUGCAGAGUUUGCAUUUCAGUUGCUUGAGAAUGGAGGAUGGGUCUGUGGUGAACAUGUCGCUUCCCAUUGUUUUAGCUAUUGAUGACGAGACCAAGGAGCGAAUUGGGUCGUCUCCCAACGUGGGUUUGGUUGGACCCAAUGGAGAUUUGGUCGGUAUUCUUCAAAGCAUUGAAAUAUACAAGCAUAACAAAGAAGAAAGAAUAGCUAGAACUUGGGGUACAACUGCUCCAGGAUUGCCAUAUGUUGAGGAGGUUAUCACUCCAGCUGGAAAUUGGCUGGUUGGUGGAGACCUGGAAGUCUUGAGUCCUAUCAAAUAUAAUGAUGGACUUGAUCACUACAGGCUCUCACCUCAACAACUCCGGAAGGAAUUUGACGGGCGACAGGCAGAUGCAGUUUUUGCUUUUCAAUUAAGGAACCCCGUCCACAAUGGGCAUGCCUUACUAAUGAAUGAUACACGCAGGCGACUUUUGGAAAUGGGUUACAAGAAUCCAAUUUUAUUGUUGCAUCCUUUGGGAGGUUUCACAAAGGCAGAUGAUGUUCCUCUGGAUGUUCGGAUGGAGCAACAUAGCAAGGUCCUAGAAGAUGGAGUUCUAGAUCCAGAGACAACGAUUGUAGCCAUAUUUCCAUCACCUAUGCAUUAUGCCGGUCCAACUGAAGUACAGUGGCAUGCAAAAGCACGAAUAAAUGCAGGUGCCAAUUUUUACAUUGUUGGUCGUGAUCCUGCAGGUAUGGGUCAUCCAACUGAGAAGAGGGAUUUAUAUGACCCCGAUCAUGGGAAAAGGGUCCUAAGCAUGGCUCUUGGCCUGGAGAAGCUAAAUAUUUUGCCUUUUAGGGUGGCAGCAUAUGACACUGUGGAUAAAAAGAUGGCAUUUUUUGAUCCCUCACGUGCAAAAGAUUUCCUCUUCAUAUCAGGAACCAAGAUGAGGACUUAUGCAAGGAAUGGAGAGAACCCUCCUGAUGGUUUUAUGUGCCCCAGUGGGUGGAAGGUGCUCGUCAAAUAUUAUGAGAGCUUGCAAGCUGAAGAGGCGUCCCUGCAGCAAGCUGUGUUAACUACUUAGAUCUAAAACAGAGUUUUUCGUGAGUUAACUCCUUUUCUUAUUUUCCCUUUCUUACCUAUUUUUGGAGUAAAUGGCAAAAUUAUAUUGCAGUAGGGACCAAGGAGCAGUACUAUUUCAUAUUAGUAUUAAUUAGCAAGACACGAGAAUGAGCUAAACCUCUCUUUGAUGAGUGGGUGGGCUUCAUUUUUCAAGUCAGAUAUAUUUGGUAUGCGUGUAAAAUAUACUUAAAUUUCUUAA